CACUCUUCAUACAGUUUGCACUUUGCCGUUUAACUUCAACGUCCCCCUUUACUCUUUACGCUUAAACUGAGAUCUAUCAUUAUGUCUCAACAAACUCCCAAUGUCGACAACCUUGCCCAGCGGCCUGAAGAACUUCUUUUAACUCUGCCCCCCCCCCCCCACCCCCCCGGAAGUCAAGAUCAUGCCAGAUUAUUUUAGAACGAUGUCCGACAGAUCCUGACCGAGCCCAAGCGUCCACCUUCGUCACCUGUCAGUGCUGCCAGUCGAGCCGACAGUUCUGCAUCCGUUCUGCAAUCCUGCCAAAGUGUAGUCGACAAUGCACUCACGGCGCUUAUCGCAGUGCCUGAAGAGGGCGACAACAGCACCAGAAAGCUGAUACAACUAGGUCGCCAAUGGUGCCGCGAUCGACUCAAUACCUACCCCGGAGAGCAGAGCGAGAGCGCUACAGACUGCUGGAUCCACACAGACAAAACCAGUGGUCCCAAUGGAACAGGAUACAUCAGGGACAACAUCGCCUAUGCCUGGCGGCGAGCCUGGAGAGAAGAUUGGAGAACAGUUCAACAUUCAUCAAGUUGCCAUCGCCAGUACAUGCCAGAGGCAGUAUCUCGAGCUCUGCAGAAGAGAAAAGGACCACGAGGAGAACUCUUCGGUACACUGCUUAUGCCGGUGA